AUGGCCAAUGAUUCUGAUAGUGCUUCAGAUUUUAAGAAUGAUCCUUUAAUUGAAGUGCCAGGAUUAACUGGAGCUGAGCUAAUUACAAAAUCUCAAAUUACAGGCAUGGACAUCAGAAGUAUGGUGGUUAGGUGCACAAUCUGUAAAAGUCAAAUAAACCAUCUAGAUUACAAAAAAAUGAAACGUCACAUUCGAUUAAAUGUUAUCAUUUGUACAGAUUGUUGUGAGUUUUAUGGAACAGAUGAGUUUACUCGUGAUGAAGCUGGCAACUACAAUUAUUGUACUUGGUGUGGUAAUGGUGGUACACUUUUUUUAUGUGACUUUUGCCCUAAUGUGUUCUGUUUGAAUUGUGUGCGUCGUAAUUUUGGCCGUUCCGAAGUCACUGAAAUGCAGAAGGAUGGCUGGAAGUGCUAUGUGUGUGAUCCAAGUAAGCUGAAAGCUAAAGUAGCUUAUUGCAAUUUAAUAAUGGAGUACAGCAAAGCAAAGAGUUUUAAGGAUAAGAAGACAGAAAAAGACAAAGUUGGAGCUAAAGAACUUAUUUCUGAAUCGUGGGUUUUAGAGGCAUUUACUAAAACUGAGAAUUCUUGUAAAAGUCUUCUAAAGAAAAUGGACAAGUUGAAACAUGUUGAAGUCUCACGGUCCAAGAGUCUGAAACAUAUAAUUAAAAAAACGGAAGAAGUGGUAAGCACACAUAAAAGUGAAUUAAGUCAUGUUAUGAAAACUUUGUGUCAGCAAUAUGCUUCUUAUUUAAAAGUGAAACAAUCUGAAGACACUGAACAAAUUAAAAAAAAUGGUGAAAAUGGAAUAAAAAAUGGUGAUGAAACACCACCUCUGAUUUCUCUUGCAUCUGAUGAUGAAGUUGUUAAAGCUGAGGUUAAAGUUAACUCUAAAGUUGAAUCUGAGGUUGAAGUUGAGGUAAAAUUAAAUGGUGAUGAUUCUCUUCUGAGUGGGCACAGUGAAUCACUGAUUAGUAGUAAAGUUUGUGAUAGUAAACUUGAUCCACAAGUGUGCCCACUUGCCCAAGAAACUCCAGGUGGUGAUGCUUUAGAAAGUGACGAAGAAAUUAAAGCUAAGCUUAAACUUUUGGAAGAUUCUUCGGAUGAGAAUGAAAUGGAUUUUAACUUUAGUUCUAAGAAAGCGAAUUCUAAUUCACAAAAGCAUAAUAUUACUGUCACUGCGGAGGUUCAUUCUGAGACAAAUUCCAAAACUAAGUCUUCAAACCCCUCUGUAGAUAAAUCUCAUACAGCUUCAUCAAAGAAUUGUGCAAUAAAGGAAUCGUCUGUUAGUUCCUUAAGCUCUGAGUCAAGUGAUCCUUUAUCAGGAUUAGAUUUUCAGGAAGUUCAGUCUAAAAAAGGACCCAGAAAACAAAAUGUUAAAAAGCGUUAUAAAGAAAAGCUCCCAGAUUUUGAUUAUCAUAAUGAUAUGAAACUUAGAGUUCUCCCAAACGUUGUCCUGGAACCGUGUGAUGAUCUUUUGGAAGGAAAGACGACUAUUAAAGUGCCACCUAUUUACAUGCUAGACGAAAUUGAAAAAACUGUGAAUAAUUUGUUGAAAGAGCCAAAAAAAUCUAAGAAGAGUGAGAAUGUAAAAACAGAGGUUAAAAAAGCUGCGAGUAAUAAAAAACCCAAGCCCGUAAUUGAUUCGUCAAGUUCCCUAACAUUUUCUUCUGAAGAUGAGAAAGAUAAGGAUACGGAGGUUCAGAUGAUAGUAAAAAGAAAAAACCAAGUAAAACUAAAAAAGGGGCAUCAAAGAAUAAUUCUGAUUCAUCUGCUGAUUUUCAACCAAGAAAAAGAAAAAAGUUUGACAAAUUAUUAAGCAAGCGUAUUUUAUCAGAUGAUUCUAGCAAAGACUCUAGAAAAGUUUCUUCAGAUAGGCAAAGAAGAAAAAGACGUUUGGCAUCUGAUAGUGAUUCCAAAUCAGAAAAAAAGAAAGUGUCAGAAUCAGAAACCACUAGUGAAUCUGAUUCAGAAAGGAAAAAAUCUAAAAAACGAAAGCGGAUUAAAAAAGCUGCAGAAUCAUCAAGUGAUAACAAAGAGGACACAAAAGAUAAAACGGAAACACCUAAAAAAAGAAAGGAUAUUAGAAAAAUCAUUUCUAAAGAAGACUUGCAGAAAGAAACUAAAGAAGCCCAACAAGCAGAAAGAGAACGAAAGAAAAGAAUUGAAGAAAGGCAAAAACUUUACAAUGUAAUAACCGACUUUUCUAAAGAUGGUCAUAAAAUUACCAAAAAAAUGGUGUUGGAGGUUGAUCCUGAUUCUAAAGAAGAAAUUGUUGAGGUACAUCCAGAUUUGAUAGAUAAACUAAAGCCACAUCAAGUUGAAGGUGUGAAAUUUAUGUGGGAAUGCACAAUAGAGUCUUUGAAGAGUCUUAACUCAUCUCCUGGUUCAGGUUGCAUUUUGGCCCAUUGUAUGGGUCUAGGAAAAACUCUUCAGGUCAUUACAUUUCUGCAUACAUGCAUGACAAAUCCAGAGGUUAGCAAAGUUAUAAAGACUGCUAUGGUCAUUUGUCCUUACAAUAUUGUUUUGAAUUGGGCUAAAGAAUUUGAUAUGUGGCUUAAUCAAGUGGAUUCUAAAGAUAUAUUGGUGCAUGAAAUUGCAAAUGCUAAAGAUAACUUUACUAGACUUGAUAUAUUGAAAUAUUGGCAUACAGAUGGAGGUGUUUUAAUUAUUAGUUAUGACAUCUUUCGUAGACUUGCCGGAAAUAAAAUUCCAAAGCUCAGAAAAAGUCUUAAAGAACAACUCCAGAAAUAUUUGUUAGAUCCUGGGCCUGAUAUUGUCAUUUGUGAUGAAGGACAUAUUUUGAAAAAUGAAGCGUCUGCUAUUUCUAAAGCUUGUAGUCAGUUAAAAACUGAAAGACGCGUUGUGUUAACUGGUACUCCUUUGCAGAAUAAUUUGAAAGAAUAUCAUUGCAUGUUAUCAUUUGUUAAGCCACAUCUCUUGGGAACUUCAAAGGAAUUUAGAAAUAGAUUUGUUAAUCCUAUUAUGAAUGGACAAUAUGAAGAUUCUAAUGAAUAUGAUGUUAGGCGCAUGAAGAAGCGAAUUCACAUAUUACAUAAGCUGCUUGAAGGCUGUGUUCAAAGAUGUGAUUAUGCUGCAUUGACCAAAUUUUUACCACCAAAGCAUGAGUAUGUGAUCAGUGUGAAACUGUCUGAAAUUCAAAUCAGGAUGUAUCGUUGGUACCUGGACAAUUUAUCUAAAGCAAGAGUGGAAACUAAAAUUCAAGGCAGUACUUUAUUUUCAGAUUAUAAUGCAUUGAGGAAUCUGUGUACUCAUCCUUAUAUAAUUCAUACCAGCCAUAUAAGGGCAGAAAAGAGAAGGUUGUUAAAAGAUGAUAGUGAGGAUGAUUUUAUUAAUGAUGAUGCCACAUCAGAAGAAAACAAGAAAUCUUCUAGCUCAAGUUCAGAUGCUGAGGAAGUAGUGAAGGAAUAUAAAACUAGAUCAAGAAGAAGAAACUUAGAUGACAAGGAUGAAGAUUCAGUGGAAGAACUUGUGGAACCAGUGGAAACCAAGGAGUGGUAUCAUGAAUUUAUUUCGGAUGAUGAUGCUCACAAGAUUGAAUUAAGUGGGAAAAUGGUGCUGUUAAUGAAUAUUUUAAAAGAGUGUGAAAGUAUUGGAGAUAAAGUGAUUGUGUUUUCCCAAUCAUUGCUCACCCUCGAUUUAAUAGAAGAGAUUUUGGAGCAUGCAUGUGAUGAAAGGGAGAAGGAAAAGGGCAUCAAUGAAGACAUUAUUGCGCAUUAUUCAUGGAUAAAAGGCCUUGACUAUUUUCGAAUGGAUGGCAGCACUUCUGCAGAUUUCAGAAAGCAAUUUAUUGACAUGUUCAAUAACCCAAACAAUUUAAGAGCCCGUCUUUUCCUUGUUUCUACUAGAGCUGGAGGUCUGGGCACAAAUUUAGUUGGAGCAAAUAGAGUUAUUAUUCUCGAUGCUUCGUGGAAUCCUUCUCAUGAUGUUCAAGCAAUUUUUAGAGUUUAUAGAUUUGGACAAAAUAAACCUGUUUACAUAUACAGAUUGCUUGCCCAAGGAACUAUGGAAGAAAAAAUCUAUGACCGGCAAGUCAAUAAAUUAUCAUUGUCAAUUAGAGUUGUAGAUGAGCAACAAAUUGAUCGCCACUUCAAUUCUUCUGAACUUGCUGAAUUGUACACAUUUGACCCUGAAUCUUCAAGCAAUAGAAUGACACCUAUGGUACCUCAAGAUCGUCUGUUGGCUGAGAUGCUUAUAAAAUAUAAAGACCUUAUUGUGGGUUAUCAUGAGCAUGAUUCCCUUCUUCAAAAUCAAACAGAAGAGGACUUGACUGAAGAAGAAAGAAAAACAGCUUGGGCUGAAUACGAGAAUGAACGUGAAGGCAGGCAAACUGAAGAGUUUACUAUGACUGAAGAGAUGUCCAAAUUCUGCAGAGAACCUAACUUGAAUGAAGCAGAUUAUGAUGGUCCAGUUAUAAUUGAUUGCAAGCUCAUCAUUGAGAGUACCAUUAAAACUUUAAGAGAACGGUAUCAAGGUGCUAAUCCAAUAUUCCUGCGCAAAAAGCUGUUGACUUCCAUAUUCCAACUUAGAUCAGGAUUUCAAGAAAAGCAAGUUAAAAUGUUAAGAAUUAAGCAAGAAUACUUUGUCAAAGGAUCUGUUCCAGCAUCAGUCAACAAGUAUCUAGAUGAAUUGAAUAAAGUUAUAACUGAGUUGCACCAUCACUUUGCAAGAGUGCAACAACUUGUUCAUAAUGAUAUAAGGGCUGAAACUCAGCAGCAGCAACAAGCAAGAACUGCCCAGCCUCAGCAUAUACCCCAAGCAUUUGCUGCCAACCUGAAUCAAUUCCAGAGAUUUCCUACAGCCGGAUUCCAAGCCCGCUUUCCUCUGAACAACACGGCCAGGGCUUUUGCAGCAAACAUGGCUAAUUUGGGACACUUACGUUUUCCUCCAAACGUGAUGUUUAACAGAACUGCUAUGCCAAACAAUUUGAACAGGGGUACUCAUUUUCAGAUGCAUGCAAAUUUUGAAAAACCUUACAACUCAGAUCCUGUGAUUACUGAAGAAACCGUAGAAGAUGCAAAGGGUAAAGAUCCCGUAAGAGGCAAUACAAAAUCCAGCGUGGUUAUUCAAGAAAUAGAAUAAUCCGCUCUCACCUGUAAAUAACCAUCUUGGUGUGCGUAACUCAUCAUUUUGACUGUUAUAUGUAUCUUUCUACUACUGUAUAAAGAAUCCCAUGCCCAUGUUAUUUUUGUAAAUAGGUCUAAAUACAUACUUUGAUUUAUUUAUUGUUGUUUUGUUGUUGAAGAAAAAUUGUUUUGUUUUUUGGGAAAGUCCCAGAAUUUCAGAUGUCUCAGAAAUGCUAAGAUUCCAUUGCAUUUAGAAUCACAUUUGGUUGUUGUUGUUUACGUUUUGGUUGUGUGAGCCAGGUAGCAGAAGCCAGCACAUUGUUCUGCAAUCGAAAAAACAGCAUUAAUGCCCCACAAUAGGGUUUGAGAAAAGAAGCUUGACAACUGUUUUCUUUCUGUUGCUAAUGCUAAAACCGAAAAUCUUUUGCAAUAAGUAGCUUAUCGAACAAAAAUGCCAAAUAUGUAAAAAUCUCAAUUUUUGAUAUUCUGUCAUUUGCGUUGAUUUUUCUAUAGCACAACAGUGAGCACUGCAGAUCAUCACAGAUUUUUUUUUUUUUUUUUGCCCUUUGAAAUGAAGAGAUUUUAUUUUAAUAUUAUCAACUACAAAUUCAUCCUUUUUAUAAAUGUGUUUUUUUCUUCUAAUUUCUUUAUUUUACUUAAUGAAAACAUGUUUAAAUUAAGCAAAAGAAGAGUGUUAAAAAAAUAAGCAGAGUUAUUUUAUUGAACACCCCUUUUCCUUUUAAAACAUCUCUUACUUUGUUUCAUAUCAUAAUUUUAAAUUUGAAUUGGUAGACUACUGUUUAGUUAAAAUGAUACAAUUAAUUAAUUACAGGCUAUUAUAGUUUAGAAUUUAAUUUAAUUAGUUUUAAGCAACAUUAAGUUUUUGUGUACAUUUUUUAAAUAUCCUGUUUGCAAAUUUUGAUACAUGUAUGCUAAAUUAAGCUGAAUUUUUUCAAUAACAAUUUUUGUCUGAGUACCUUGAAGUCACAGAUAAUUUUACAGGGGUGAUUGUAUUCCAGUUGUACCCCAGAAUUCUGGUUUUCAUUUAGACCUGAAGUCAAAAAACUGGGAACACAAAAUUCCAUCCCAAGAUUGAAAACGUAUCUCAAGAUCAUUGGUUUGCUGACCUCCAGGAAUCAAAAACUAAUAAUCAGACAAAAUCGUCUGAUUAUUAGUUAUUAAUCUAAAAUUUAAAUUUUGAAACUUUCGCCUAAUCCCAUAAAAGAAAGGUUUACAUGCCUGUGAUUCUUUCUCAUAUUGGAUUCCUUUGGUUUGUCAGAUUUUCGCCAUUUGGAACUGCUCCGGAAUCCACUAAUAUCACAAUUCAUAAUAAAAUGAUUUCAAUAUGAAACAUCAAUGUUCUUACAUUCCUGAUUUAAAAGUUACAUGUUGCAAUUUGAAGUCGCGAGACCUAAGAAAUCUUAUAUCGCGAUUCAUAUACACUGUAUUUAAAAAUUCAAUAUCGUCAUUCGUAUUUACGCGUUUUUAAAAUCAAUAUCGCGAUUGUAUUUACGUAUUUUUAAAGUCCAACAUCGCAAUUUUAAAAUCUAGUGUCGCGAUUCAUAUUCGUUUUUAAAAUUCAAUAUUACGAUUCGUACUCAGAUUUGAUUUUCGUACUUAUACGUGAUUUUAAAGCUAUGCAUCUUGAUUCGUGAUCUAAAAAUCUAAUAUUGUGAUUUGUAUUUUCAAAUUUUUUAAAUCUAAUAUCUUGAUUCGUAUUUUAUACUCCAAUAUUGAUAUUCUUGUAAGAACUAACUUUUUAUUGAAUUAGUUACUACAAGGGUGUGUUAUUCUUCAUUGGCAGGUAACUUGAUUAUAAAUCUUAGUUAAAAAAAUUAUGUCAAACAUGUAUAGCAUAUAAAUUGAUAUUAGGUUAUUGCAUACAAAAUUCAUGGUUUUUCACUUUUUGUCACAAUCACCCCUGAUUUUACUUAUACGAAGAUUGUUGCCGUAAAUUCUGAUAUCAGAGACGUAAAUAACAACUUACUUCAUCAUAUUCCAAGAUAAUUAUUUUGUGAAUUAUCACACCCAUUUUAUCAUUUUAUGAAAUAAAAGUAUUUCUACUUGAAAAGAUGUACUAUUGUUGCACGUUUUAUAUUCAAAUAAGAGAUAUUUCAUUGUAAUUAAACAUAAAAUGUUAUAAUCUUUAGUUUUUAGAUUUUUCUUUAAUGGAACAUAAGUGAAAACCUAUUCAUAAAUUCCUCCUGCCCCAUUCGUACUGUUAAAAAUUUGUUUUUAUUUAAUUUUGAUAAUGGUAAGUCAUGUGUAAUUUUUUCCUAUGCAAAAUAAAAUAAUACCAUCAGAAA